AUGGGACCUCAGGCCGGGGUGGUCUGCUCCCUGUUCUUUCUGCUCCAGGCCCUGGCUGCGCCGGCUGAGAACUCAGACUUCAGCCUGGCGGGGGAUUACCUCUUGGGUGGCCUCUUCACCCUCCAUGCCAACGUGAAGGGCAUCGUCCACCUCAACUUCCUGCAGGUGCCCAAGUGCAAGGAGUACGAAGUGAAGGCGCUGGGCUACAAGCUCAUGCAGGCCAUGCACUUUGCGGUGGAGGAGAUCAACAACCACAGCAGCCUGCUGCCCGGCGUGCGGCUGGGCUACGAGAUGGUGGACGUCUGCUACGUCUCCAACAACAUCCAGCCCGUGCUCUACUUCCUGGCGCAGGAGGACCAUCUCCUGCCCCUCCAGGAGGACUACAGCCGCUACGUGCCCCGCGUCGUGGCCGUCAUCGGCCCUGAAAACUCUGAGUCUACCAUGACUGUGGCCCACUUCCUCUCCCUCUUCCUCCUCCCACAGGUCACCUACAGCGCCAUCGACGACGACCUGCGCGAUAAGCAGCGCUUCCCGGCGGUGCUGCGCACGGUGCCCAGCGCCGACCACCACAUCGAGGCCCUGGUGCAACUGAUGCUCCACUUCCGCUGGAACUGGAUCGUGGUGCUCGUGAGCGGCGACGACUACGGCCGCCGGAACAGCCAGCUGCUCCGCGAGCGCCUGGCCCGCCACGACAUCUGCAUCGCCCUGCACGAGGCGCUGCCCACGCCGCAGCCCAGCCAGGUGGUGACGCCGCAGGAGCGCAGGCGCCUGGAGGCCGUGGUGGACAAGCUGCGGCACAGCUCGGCGCGCGUGGUGGUCGUGUUCUCGCCGGACCUGGCGCUGCACAACUUCUUCCACGAGGUGCUGCGCCAGAACCUCACCGGCGUCGUGUGGCUCGCCUCGGAGUCCUGGGCCAUCGACCUGGCCCUGCACAACCUCGCCGAGCUGAGCCGCACGGGCACCUUCCUGGGCAUCACCACCCAGAGCGUGUCCAUCCCGGGCUUCAGCGAGUUUCGUGUGCGCCGGGCUCAGGCCAGGAGGCCGGCGUCCAACAGGACCAGUCGGAGGGCCACCUGCAACCAGGAGUGCGACACCUGCCUGGACACCCUCGAGUCCUUCAGCACCAUCCUCACGCUUUCCGGCGAGCGCGUGUCCUACAGCGUGUACUCUGCCGUCUAUGCCGUGGCCCACGCGCUGCACAGCCUCCUGGGCUGCAGCCAGACCCACUGCUCCAAGGAGACGGUCUAUCCCUGGCGGCUGCUCCAGGAGAUCAGGAAGGUCAACUUCACCCUCCUGGGCCACCAUAUCUUCUUCGACGAGUCCGGGGACCUGCCCAUGCCCCUGGAGGUCAUUCAGUGGCAAUGGAACGUGAGCCAGAACCCGUUCCAGACCAUCGCCUCCUACUACCCCGCGCAGCGGCAGCUGAAGGACGUCCGCGGAGUCUCCUGGCACACCCCCGACGGCACGGUCCCCGUGUCCACGUGUUCCAAGGACUGCCAACCUGGGCAAAAGAAGAAGUCUGUGGGCAUCCACCCCUGCUGCUUUGAGUGUCUUGACUGCCUCCCUGGCACCUUCCUCAAUAAAACUGAAGAUGAGUUUGACUGCCAACCCUGCCCAAGCAACGAGUGGUCCCACAGGAGAGACACCUCCUGCUUCAAGCGGCGACCGACCUUCCUCCAGUGGCACAACGCACCCACCACCUGUGUGGUCCUGCUGGCGGGCCUGGGCUUCCUCGGCACCCUGGCCAUCCUGGCCGUAUUCUGGAGGCACCUCCAGACGCCCAUGGUCCGUUCAGCCGGGGGCCCCAUGUGCUUCCUGAUCCUGGCAUCGCUGCUGGUGGCGUACCUGAUGGUCCCCACGUACCUGGGGCCGCCCACGGUCUCCUCGUGCCUCUGCCGCCAGACCUUCUUCACCCUCUGCUUCACCGUCUGCAUCUCCUGCAUCGCCGUGCGCUCCUUCCAGAUCGUCUGCGUCUUCAAGAUGGCCCGCCGCCUCCCGCGCGCCUACGGCUACUGGGUGCGCUGCCACGGGCCCUACGUCUUUGUGGCGGUCAUCACGGCGCUCAAGGUGGCCAUUGUGACAGCCAGUCAGCUGUUCACUCCCACCGGCCCCACCGCCCGCGCCGACCCCGGGGACCCCAAGAUCAUGAUCCUCUCCUGCAACCCCAACUACCGCAAGGGGCUGCUGGUCAACACCAGCCUGGACCUGCUGCUCUCCGUGGCCGGCUUCAGCUUCGCCUACAUGGGCAAGGAGCUGCCCACCAACUACAACGAGGCCAAGUUCAUCACCUUCUGCAUGACCUUCUACUUCACCUCCUCCAUCUGCCUCUGCACCUUCAUGUCUGUCUACGAGGGGGUGCUGGUCACCUUCCUGGACCUCUUGGUCACGGUGCUCAACCUCCUGGGCAUCAGCCUGGGCUACUUCGGCCCCAAGUGCUACCUGAUCCUCUUCCACCCGGAGCGCAACACGCCGGCCUACUUCAGCAGCGCCAUCCAGGGCUACACCAUGGGCAGGGACUAGCGCCGCCCACGGG